AUGACUUCAUCCGAGGCCCAAGACGAAAGCAAUGGCACGAAACCCAAGAAGCAAAUUUUGCUCAAUGCCUUCGACAUGUUCACGGUGGGCCAUUUGUCAUUUGGGCAGUGGCGAAACCCCAAGGACCGGGCCAAGGACAAGCGCCGGGAUCUCACUUACUGGACCGACCUAGCUAAGCUCUUGGAUAAGGGGGGCUUCGUAGGCCUUUUCCUCGCAGACACAUUUGGGCCCUACGAUACAUACAAGGGAAGUGCCGAGCCAUCUGUGAGGACUGGUGCUCAGUGGCCGAUGGCCGAUCCUGUCAUCCCAGUUUCAGCAAUGGCAGCGGUGACGAAGAAUCUGGGCUUCGCGAUUACCACGUCUACCUCGUAUGAGCAGGCUUAUGUUGUUGCUAAGCGGUUUGCAACACUCGAUCAUCUGACUAAGGGCCGUUUUGGUUGGAACAUUGUGACUAGCUGGAAAGAAUCUGCAUCCAAAGCUGUCGGACUGCCCCUUGUAGAGCACGACACUCGAUAUGAAAAUGCGGAUGAAUACCUCCGUGUCCUAUACAAACUAUGGGAAGGUUCAUGGUCAGACACAGCUUUGAAGGAAGACGCGGAGAAUGGCAUCUACUCCGACUACUCUCAGAUCAGACCUAUUCACCACCACGGCAAAUUUCACGUCGAUGCACCAUUCCUGACAGACCCAUCCCCUCAACGCACACCAGUUCUGUUCCAAGCCGGAACAUCGCCCGCUGGAAUCAAGUUUGGGUCGACCCACGCCGAAGGCAUCUUCGUCGCCGGCCUAUCACCGCACGUUGUGGCACCUCGAGUCAAGGCUAUCCGUGAAGGGGCCAUCGCUGCUGGUCGCGAUCCAUACUCUGUUAAAGUCUUCGCCAUGAUCACCCCAAUCAUCGGGAAAGAUGAAGAAGACGCCAAGAGCAAGUACGAAGAAGCCCUGAAGUACGUCUUGAUCGAGGGAGGUCUUGCUCAAUUCUCAGCUACGACUGGCAUCGAUGUUUCAAAGUUCGACCUUGACCAUGAGCUCACGGAGAAGGAUGUCGCAAACCAUUUGCAGAGAAUCCACUCUUCUUUGUACAAUCUGCGCUACCGCGGCGACGAUGUUCCCAAGCUGACACCUCGCAACUUGGGCACCGUCACGGCAAUCGGUGGAAAUGGGGCUAUGCCGGUUGGAACAGCUGCCCAAGUUGCGGACGUCUUUCAGGAGUGGGUUGACAUUGCCGAUGUCGAUGGCUUCAAUAUCGGAUAUGUCGUCACUCCCGGUAGCUUUGAGGAUGCCGUUGAAUAUCUUGUCCCUGAGCUGAGAAGUAGAGGCCUCCUGCCGGAAGCAAUUCCAGCGGAUGCCCCUGCGCCUACCUUCCGCGAGCAGAUCUAUGGUCUCGGGCAGAAGGGGUUGAGAUCUGAUCAUCCUGGGUUCAAGUACAAGUAUGACACCUAUGAGGAGACAAUUGCCAAGGAAGAGGAGACAAAAGCAGAUGCAGGAGAUGAAAGGCCAUAA